CGCCUCUAUCCCGUAAGAACGAACCUCCUCACCCAAUUAAAACCUGCCCAUAAAACGUCACUUUCCCUUAAAUACACUACCAACACCGAUUCUUAUCACAUCCACAACAAUGGCGACCAAAACCCUACUCCUCCUAAUCCUAACUCUGCUCGCAGUCGUCUCCUCAACCACCGCACUCUCCGACGACCCAACACCCACGGUCUACGAUAUCCUCGACAAAUAUGGCCUCCCCACUGGCCUUCUGCCCGAUUCCGUCAAGUCUUACUCUUUCUCCCCCGACGAUGGAAGUUUCGUUGUCGAACUACAGAAACCUUGCUAUAUCCAGUUCGAUUACCUUGUGUACUAUGACAGUAAGAUCACUGGGAAGCUCAACGUCGGAUCAAUUACUGAUUUGGAUGGGAUCCAAGUGAAGAGGUUGUUUUUCUGGUUCGAUGUUGAUGAAAUUAGGGUUGACUUGCCAAGUUCCGAUAAUAUCUACUUCACUGUUGGGUUUAUUAAUAAGAAACUUGACAUCGAUCAGUUUGAGACGGUCCACUCUUGUACAGAUAACGCCCUUGUUGCUUGCGCUCAAUCAUCCAAUCCUAUCUCUCAGCUUCCUAUGACUGUUGAUGAGGUUGAAAUGCUGAUCACGGAGUAGAUACAAGACCUUUAAAGGUUUGAUGAUAAUAAGAGGCAUAUUAGUAUCCUGUCUUUUUGAAGGUCAGAAGCCACUAGGCUGCGCCAAUGGUUGAGCCUCGUUGAGCCUCUUGUAUGAGUAAAAUGGUGUUAAAAGUUUGGGAAUGUGUUCUAAGAAGUGUAUAAUAUUGUGUUAGAUAUCAUAUCGUAUUAGUUUUCCACUAUGUCAUAUGUACCCUUGUAUUAGCCACUC